AUGACUAAAGAGUGCAGUGCCCUUAUCCAGAAGAAUUUACCUAUAAAGAAGAAGGACUUAGGGAGUUUCUACAUCCCUUAUGCUAUAGGGGAUACAAUGAUUGACAGAGGGUUUUGUGAUAUUGGAGAGAGCAUAAAUUUAGUGCCCCUAUCUCUCAUGAGGAAGCUGCAAAUCAAUGAGUUAAAAUACACAAACAUAACCCUUCAGCUGGCUGACAAGACCCAGAAACAAGCAUUAGGAGUGAUCGAAAAUAUGUUGGUGAAGGUAGGGAGGUACUUCCUCCCUACAGACUUCGUUAUUCUUGAUAUGGAAGAAAGCUAUCUUCAUCCAAUCAUUUUGGGGAGACCAUUCUUGGCUAUAGCCAAAGCACUCAUAGAUGUUGAGAAAGGGGAUCUGAUAUUGAGAAUACAUGACGAACAACUCACCUUUCAUGUCUUCAAACCCUCACAUGAGUCUGAACAAGAGAAUAGAGAUCUGAAGGAUGUUCAUGAGGAAGCAAUUGUGGAGGAGGCAAGAAGUAAAUCACAAGCAGAGCCUCUGAAGGCAUCUUUGGAGGAAAAACAAGAAAUCCAAGUGGUACAACAAUAA